AUCGUCGACUAGUAGCGCCCAUUCCUUGAUGCGGAUAAGCUGAUAACUAACUACGCGGGAAAAUCAAAAUAUUUUUUGAUAUAAAAUAAAAACUAUAGAACUAUGGUAUAUAUUCAUAUUUGUAAAAAAAAUAUUUUAUCGAAAGAUUUAAUUAAUUUGUUAUUCAACGAAAAUGAUAUAACGAAUAUUAUUUGACGAUUAAGGAAAUUUUAAUAAAUUAGGAAGAUAGAUUGUUGAGAAAUGUAUGGCGCCACUUGCCGGAUGAUAGUUUGAUAUCAUGAAAUGAUAAUAUUGCCGGUUUAUCCGAAUGAUGCGCGCAAUAGUUGAUUUUGUAGAAAGUAAACUAAAACAUUUAUAUUUGUUUGUAAACAUAAACGUAAAAAGUUAAUCUAGUUUUAUAAAUUAAGAAUAAAAUAAGUGAAUAAUAUUGAAUUUAAUUAUAUCAUGGCUGACGAGACAGAACAGGUGCCAGCAAUAAAUGUUAAAGAACCCUUAGAUCUUAUAAGAUUGAGUCUUGAUGAAAGAAUAUAUGUUAAAAUGAGAAAUGAGAGAGAAUUACGGGGACGAUUACAUGCUUAUGACCAACAUUUGAAUAUGGUAUUGGGUGAAGCGGAAGAAACUGUAACUACAGUAGAAAUCGAUGAAGAAACAUACGAGGAAGUGUAUCGUACGACUAAAAGGAAUAUUUCUAUGCUUUUCGUUCGUGGUGAUGGUGUAAUUUUGGUUUCACCACCAAGCAUGAGAGCCCCAAUAUAAAAUUUCUAUUUACAUUGAAUCUAUCUAAAAAUAAGAAAUAAAUAAUAUAAUUUUACGUUGAUACAAUUUUAUCAACUUUUGUAAUGAGCAUUUAACAAGUGUCAACAAAAAUCAACAAACUAAUAGAUUUAAUUAUAAUAAAAAUCUGUAACAAUAGCUAUAAAAAUUGUAAUCUAAAUAUGAAAAAAACAAAUCAAGAUGUGGUGCGCUAUGUUAAAAUGAUAUAUUAAUUAAAAGUUUAUAAAUAAUAUAAUUUUUUGAAG